AAGAAAUAUAAUUCUAAGAUAACGUAUGUAAAUAUAUUCCCAAUAUUUCUUUACAGUUUGUGUGAGACUCGAUCAGAUGGGUUGUCGCCGAUUUCCUGGGGGAGGUCAUCGAUCCCAUGGAGGUCCGCCUCCCCAUGGUGGACAUCAUGGUGGUCAUCGUGGUGGCAGACACUGUGGGCACGGACAUCCUCAUCCCCCUCCACCCCACCAUCGUCCCCAUGGACAUGGUGGUCACUUUUGGAAGGGAUGUGGUCCUCCUCCACCCCCUCCCCAUUGUCCACCCCCUCCGCAUUGUCCACCACAUGGGGGAUAUCCAUAUGGUGGUCACUAUUGGCAGGGGUAUCCUCCGCCGCCACCCCCUCACCACCACGCACCACCUGCAGGAUCUUCAGGAGGUGGUUGUCAAUAUUGCGGGUGUCCAGGUGGCGGUCCACCUCAGAGUGGCAAUCCCGGGAUCGAGCUACCGCCCCAAGGAGAAACUCCAAACAAUGAUCAACAUGGUAACAAUUCUUCCGGAAACACAGGCAGCACACAAACCCCAAAUCCUGGUAAUGGAGCUACUGGUAAUGAAACACCUGGUCAGAAUAAAUACGAAAUCAUUGAUCUUUAGAAAACGGGAUUUUAACAAAAUGCAUUUACUUAGCUGUUGAAAAUAUAUAUGUACCUAUAUUGUCGAAUA